CUUAUCUCCAUACUCAUCUCUUUUUCUGUCAAGUGUUUGCUUCAAUGGCUCUCUUUAAGGUGAUAAUUGCAAUCUUCUUCACUUUGGCUCUCGCCAACUUUCAGCUUUCUUCAUGCCAUGUGCUAAAGGGUUCAGUCACUUGCCUAGACUGUGAUGGUCACUUUGAUCUCUCAGGCAUUAAGGUUCAAGUGAAGUGCGGCCAAAGGACCAGGCUUGCCAUGGCAACAACAGAAGCAGAUGGCUCAUUCCAGACCGACCUUCCGGUUGAGUCUCCGACAUCACCGGCUUCAUUCGACUGCCUUGCCAGGAUACUAGGUGGUCCAAACCAGCUCUACACUUCUAGGAAAGACAUGGUGACCACCAUUGUUAAAUCCCAAGAAUCUGAUCAGUCUUGCACUAUCUCCAAACCUCUUAGCUUCUAUGCAUCAUGCCCUAAGGAUGGAAAAUGUGCAGCCAAAGGAUCUGAGUUUGGGUCAUCCAAGACCAUUGAUCUGCCUCUACCAAAAGAGUGGGGAAUGGCACCAUCUAGCUAUUAUAUUCCUUUCUUACCCAUCAUAGGCAUACCCUAAGUUGUUGUACUAAAAUGUACUGUUUAAUUAGUGUAUUGUUGUGAGAAAUCCUUAUUUGGUUUUGUGUGUGUAGAAUAUCAAUUAAACUGAAGCACUACUUCCCUCCAUAUAUAUAUACCUUGAUUAUGGUAGAGAUGUCAUGUGAGGUAUAUAUGAGCUAUAUGUAUAGAAGAAACAAAGAUUAAUAGGUCUUUGUUCACCUAUGAUCUAAUAUGAAAAAUGUUAUGUAGUUUGUGUUCCUCGGUC